GUUAAAAAUAAUAAAACGUCAACGUUUUCAGAGGAAAUGAAAUGACAGUGGAGCAAAGACCGCGAAAGUACGAGAAAGAUGGGAAAACGAGCUAAAUCGGUGCCCAAAAGCACCUUCUUCAAGUUCAAGGUGGGUCUUGGGAAAAAGAAGAAAGACACCACUAUCCGACCGAAAAUUUCCUCCAAUCGGAUCACGGUUUUGCCGGGAUUUCUUAGUCAGGGUGUCAAAGCGAUAACCGCUAAGAAAGAAGCGGAAGAAAAUAAAAGAAACGAAAAUAUACUCAAAGAAGAUCUGCACAGUCUUUUCCUAAGUAACAAUCAACAUAAUUCGUCGUUACGAAGAUCUGCCAGGAUAUCCAAGAAAGACGUGGUGAAUUAUGCUGAAGUUACCCCUAAGAAACGUAAAUACCCAAGGCAGAAAAAACCAUUAAGUCCCAAAUCUUCGAAACACGACGAAACAUCUGAAAAUAUUGAAGAACUGAAUUAUUUCCCUCUUCUGCAAAAAAUUGAAGACGACCAGAACAGAAACUCUAGAAGUCUCUUCAGAAAAAUCAUCUCUUCCCAGACCCUCUCCAACAGUAUAUAUUUCCUGAAGUCGUUCUUUUCCAACAAGAAUCAGUGUGGAGCUGAGAGUUUCAAUCGAAACAUUUUGGACAAAAUACAGAUAAACUUCAAGGUGAACAUUGCUGAGAAUUUGAGGGGGAGAAUAUUUGAGGAAAUAGAGAGAGUGAACGACAUCCUGACCGGAAAAUCUGAUCCUCUUGGCAUGGGGACUUUCAUGAAGUUAACGCAUGAUUGUAUGGACGAUGUCGAGCACCAAGUACCUGAAUAUCUGUUCUCCUCCAACGACUGGCAGUUCGCCACUCCCCCAUCUCAAAAACUCAAUAUCACCUUUUACGAAGAAUCAGCAAUACAACCUGCCAUCCUUUGCGAUGACGGCAGUGGCAGGAAUAUCUACCAAUUGAAGAGAGAAAUGGAUACUAACCUAAUAAACCACAUAAACCCAAACAACAUAGAAGUCGAUAGCAGGUACAUGGAACAAAUCGCAGAGUUCGACAAGGAAAACAGACCCAUGCGUACCUUCAACUUCAACCAAAAGAAAUCUGGUGAUCGCAAAGCGGAAGACUUCGAUUUCAAGCCCAAAUUCUUCAAUAGGUACUUCAGGGAACAUUUGACUACUAUUCAGAUGCGACCCAAGAAAACUGUGAAGAGACUGAGGUUUGCAGAGUCCUUCACUAGGAACCAAAUGGCGUUGGACUUUUCCAAACCUUCCACGUCUACCAUUUACGAUCCUCUGGCCAUGGAAACUUCCGAACUCGACUUUACCUUUGUUAGUAACGUUAAAGAGUGCGGGGUGACUGAAAGCCCCAGGUCUAGUUUCAAAAUGGCUCCCAGAGUCGAUUUCCUUCAGUGUUUAGACAAUAGUCAGGAUUUCUUCAGCAAUUCCAGUGAUAACAUGGAGUGAUUUGACUCGAAUUUAUGUAUUUCCGUUUUAAAUUGUGAUCGGUUGGAUUCUCGAGCUGGGUAUCAGGUAAUAGUACAAGCGUAUAUUUUUCUCGUAUUUAGAGAUUCGAUCAAUCACGGUUUUUAACGUCGACUGUAUAUAGCUUUAAAAAUUCGUAUUCUAUCGACAACGGGAAUUCCUAUUUAAAAUUUGUAUCACAUUGAGUUGUGAAAAACUGCCGUUGAAAGAACUGACUUGAUUUUUAUUCUUGUUUUCUAAAUGUAGUUGUUUUAUCGAAGGAUAUAUCGGGGAUUGCUUUUUUUUUUGAACAUUGUGUAUAUAGGCCAGGUCCAAAAUUGAUGCAAUGUGAAAGUUUUUUGAAAGUGCAAUGAUUGUAUGCAAUAUAGGUUAAUGGAAAUUUUUAUAUUCUCACAUAAAUCAUACGAUAUAGAUUGUAUAGUUAGCUUGGUCGUUGAUAUUCGAAAUUCAAGUGGUUUACCUCUGUGAUUGUAAGUGUAAGUAAAUGUGAACUAUUUGAUACUUAAAGAAAAUUCUAUUUAAGAGAAUUAUUUUAGUUGUUCAACUUGUGAAAUUCUAGAUGUUUCAGUUCCUAUAAAAUAAAUUUAUAAAGUGAA